AUGGCGACCCCGAUGCGUUGCAUCUUGCUUGUCUUGGGUGUUAUUAUUUCAAUUCACUACAUUCUGAGCUUUACAUAUGAGGAAUAUGGAAAGGCGACCCCCAUCUCAAUAUCGCAGGAAAAUGGACUGUACUACCAACCUGAUUCGCUCAUGCACUUACAAGACCGCAAAGCGAACACCUCGUUUGUCGUACUUGUACGGAACUCUGACCUUUGGGGAAUCAUGAGCAGUAUGAAACAACUCGAGGAUAGGUUCAACAGGAAGUUCCAGUAUCCUUAUGUCUUCCUCAACGACCAGCCUUUUACGCAGAACUUCAAGGACACGGUCGAAUUUGGUCUCAUCCCGUCUGAUCAUUGGCAUCAACCAUCGUGGAUCGAUGAAUAUCGAGCAAGCAAAUCUCGUGAUGACAUGGUUAGGAACGAUCUGAUUUACGGAGGUAGCUUAUUUUACUGUUUCAAUUGUACGUGUAGUCUGAUGAUUUUCUAG